AUGCGAGUGACCGCAGCCCUCCUCCUCCUCGCCGGCCCGGCGCUGGCAGGCUCUCAUCGCCCCCCGCCGAGUCUCGAGCUCCUCGACCUCCGCGGUCAGGUCUCCUUCAACCCCACCCCAGUCAACGCGUCGCUGAUUGCGCCUCGCAACCCCGGCGGACUGUCUGACACCUUGACGGCGACGAGCGUUAUCCCCGCCCCGACGGCGAGCUGUGCAAGUGCGAGGAAGGCUGGGGCGGUAUCAACUGCAAUGAACGACAAGGCAUGCAAGGGUUUCAAACUGCGCAACCCUGUCGAUGACAUGCUCUUCGGCCAGGACAAGCACAAGGAUAAGGAUGGGGACAAGGACGGCGACGGCGACGAUGACGAGAUCCCCGACAUGGUGUGCUACCAGGGUGGCGUCGCCAUUGAGCGCAACUUCCAGAUGUGCGACGUCACGAACCGGAAGAUCCGCGACACGAUCCCCGACAACAAGCCGCCGCAGGUCACAUUCUCGUGCGAGGCGGGUGGACAUCACGCGAACGGUUCGGACAUCAUGAGCCUGUACGACCCCACCGCGAUCGGGAACGAGAAGGGUACCUGCGGCUUCCAGUUUUGGGUCGACCGCAUCGAGUCCUUCUACUGCAAGCUGACCGAGUGCACGUGGGAGCUGGACCAGACCGUCAGCGCCAACGAGACGCACUACAAGUGCGAAAACAUUGAGUGCGCGUGUGUCCCCGGCCGUUUCCUCUGUGGUGAGAACGGCAGUGUCAACAUCGACGACUUCCUUACGGAGGAGGUCCGAGGACCGGGAAGCUUCAACUGCAUCUCGGGCAAGGGCUGCACGUUCGAGGAGCCGGCGAUGAACAAGCUCAUCAACGACAUUUUCGGUGAUAGCUCGAUCACGCUCGACUGCGAGUCGGGCGAGUGUGUCCACUACUCCCAGGUCCCCGGAUACGUUCCCCCGGCGCAGCCCGACAACACCAAGUUCAUUGCGCUCAUGGGCGCGCUGAGUGUAUCCCUCUUCCUCGCUGCCUUCUUCUGGUACAUGGGCCGCAAUAACGACGCCUCCGGUUUCAGCGGCAUCAAGCUCCCCGAGGACGAGGCGGCGCGCCUCAUGGCCGAGCACGUCCCGGCGACGCUGCACUUCUCUAACAUCUCCUACACUCUUCCCUCGGGCAAGCACAUCCUGGAGCACGUCACUGGCACGUGUCGCCCCGGUGAGGUGCUCGCCAUCAUGGGAGCUUCCGGUGCGGGCAAGUCGACGCUGCUCGAUAUUCUCGCCCGCAAGAGCAAGACUGGCAAGGUGUCGGGCGAGAUGUACGUGAACGGACGGACGAUCGACAACUCGACGUUCCGCCGCAUCGAGGGCUUCGUCGACCAGGAGGACACGCUUCUCCCGACUCUGACGGUGUACGAGACCGUCCUGUUCUCUGCGUUGCUCCGCCUUCCUCGCGAGAUGAGCUAUGAGGCCAAGGUUUAUCGCACGCUUGAGACGAUGAACGAGCUCGGAAUCCUGGGCAUUAGGGACGCCCGCAUCGGCGAGAGUGGCAAGCGCUCGAUCUCGGGCGGCGAGAAGCGCCGUGUCUCCAUCGCGUGCGAGCUGGUCACCGGACCCUCGAUUCUGUUCCUCGACGAACCGACGUCGGGCCUCGAUUCGUACAACGCCUACAAUGUCAUCGAUGCGCUCAAGACGCUCGCGAAGCAGUACAACCGUACUGUUAUCUUCACGAUCCACCAGCCUCAAUCCAACAUUGUAGCGCUGUUUGACCGUCUCCUUAUCCUCGCCAAGGGACAGCUCGUCUUCUCGGGCAAGCAGAGCAAUGCCCAGGCGCACUUUGAGUCGAACGGAUACCCCUGCCCGCCUGGCUACAACAUUGCUGACUACGUCAUUGACGUGACUGUCGAUGCGGCCGGCGACGCGCGCAAGAUGACCGGUGGCAACGGGCUCCCUACCGCCCAUACCGGUGGCAAUGGUGGCGUCCAGGACCCCGAAGCUGGCUUCUCUCGUCGCGCGGCGCAGAGCAGCUCGACUUCGACUGACGACGAGGCGUCCGUCUCGCAGAGUGGCAUCAAGAUGAAGGCUGCCAAGCUUCUCGGCGCCUUCACCUCGACGUCUGGCACAACUACGCCCGCCGAGUCCGUCACACCGAUCCCCGAGGCGCUGGCGUCGCUCGUCCUCGCGUGCCGCGGCAGCGACGACAUGAAGAUUGUCGAGGCGGAGGUGCACCGCAUCGAGACUGGCGAGACGCCGAACGGCGGCGAGCAGCGGGAUGUUGCCGAGGAGACGGCCAUGCUGAAGGGGUACGAUAAGGCGGGCUUCUGGACACAGUUCAAGGUGCUCUCCGGCCGCGCGUUCCGAAACCUCUACCGCAACCCGAUGCUCAUGGCUGCGCACUAUGCCGUCGCGAUCUGCGCGGGCUUCCUCUGCGGCUUCUUUUUCUACCACGUCACGAACGACAUCCCGGGAUUCCACGCGAACGGAUACUACUCAUCUGGAGCCUACUUCCUGGCCAAGGUGCUGUUCGACGUGAUUCCUCUCCGCGUCAUCCCUCCAUUCAUCCUCGGAUCGAUCGUGUACGGCCUCGCGGGCCUUAACCCGGACAUGUCGUGCUACUGGAAGUUCAUCAUGAUCCUGGUCCUCUUCAACCUGGCCGCGGCCUCAAUCGUGCUCUUCCUCAGCGUCGCCAUCUCCGACACGGGCGUCGCGAACCUGACCGGCUCGCUCGUCAUGCUGUACAAGUCUGCUGAUGAACUACGACCGCGUCCCGAACGGGUUGAAGUGGAUGCAGACGCUCUCCUUCUUCCACGCGGCGUACGAGGCGCUCCUCGUCAACGAGCUGCGCUACCUCCAGCUCGUCGAGCGCAAGUUCGGCCUCGACAUUAG